GCUGUGUGCGCGGGCGCAGUUGGCCCGCGCCGCAGUUUCCGAUCGGCCGCCGAGGCCGCGAGCGGUGAUGUGCCCGCGCCUGCCCGCCAGCCCGCGCCCCCGCCGGCGACACGACCCCACCGAGCCCGCCACUGCCGCGAUCGCCGCCCACUGAAGCCAUGGAGACCGAAGUGCCCACUACCAAGACUGAAUACCAUUUUGAAGGCGAGGCGGAGUGCCGCGCCGAGUCGGCCGGGGGGCAGCCGGAGAGCCCGCCCCCCCUGCCGCCGUUCGUGUACGCCCACAUGUCGCCGUCUCACUCGCGCAGCUACCAGGAGCUGCGACCGGCGGCCGCACACGCGCGGGACAUGCAGGCGUACGCGCACCUCGACGAGGCGCUGUUCAAGCCGGGCGGCGGCUCCACGGACGGACUCUACCUGCGCGGGCGCAGCCCCGACCUCACGCCGUCGCCGGAGCACCGCGACGACUACCGCGCCGUCCAUUACGAGACCUACCCCGCGCCCUCCACAUAUGCACAUGAGCAUCAUCAUCACAUCGACGGAAAUGGCGCGAGCAGCGGCGCAAGCGGCGCGGUGUACGCGCGCGGCGCGUACGCAGGCGGCUCGCCCUACUUCGGCAACGGCGCGGAGCUCGCCCCGCAGCAGAACUGGACCCCGCCCUCAGGGUCCCCCACCUACCGGCUGGGCGAGCAGGCCGUGGCGGUGGAGUACGAGCCCGCGAGCGCGGAGCCGGCGGGCGCGCUGCCGGCCUUCAGCUCGCGGUUCGGCGCCAACUUCGCGAGCGCCACCUCGCGGCCCUCCACCGUCUACGGCAGCCCGGCCUUGACCGCCAACGCCUACACGCAGGACGUAUGGAGCUUGGACAGCCGCCGACCGCAGCUGUCAGCCGCGGCCAGUCUGUCAGCAAUCGAGAUGGCGGAGUUGUUCACGGAGGGCCGCGAGUGUGUCAACUGCGGCGCCAUCCACACGCCGCUGUGGCGCCGCGACGGCACCGGCCACUACCUGUGCAACGCGUGCGGGCUCUACAACAAGAUGAACGGCAUGAACCGGCCGCUCAAGCAGCCGCGGCGGCUGGUACGUCAGCGGCACGCCGCGCACUCGCUCGCGCCGCCCGCACACGACAUGGGGUCGAAGCGGCCGGGCAUGUCGUGCAGCAACUGCCGCACGACCACCACGUCGCUGUGGCGCCGCAACGCGCACGGCGAGACCGUCUGCAACGCGUGCGGCCUCUACUACAAGCUGCACAGCAUCAACCGGCCCAUCGCCAUGAAGAAAGACUCCAUUCAGACCCGCAAGCGUAAACCCAAAAACGGAAUCAAAGCAGAGAGAAACCUGAAAACUGCGCUGCAGCGAACCAUCGGCUCCGGCGUCAAAAUGGAGAACCUGAGUGAGAACGUGAGCGGCAUGAACGUCGGCGUCGGCGUGGGCGGCGCUCGCUCCCCGAUGUCGAUGAACUACGCCUACAUGCAGCACGCGCUGAAGGUGGAGGAGCCGCCGCCGGCGCACGCGCACUACAGCGUGUACGACGACGCCGAGUACCGGCGCGCGGCCGAGGGCGAGCGCCUGGACCGCCCCACCGUCGUGUCCAUGGGCAGUUAGUGCCGGGACACGGCCGCUGCGCCCUGUCGCUCGCCGCGUGUACCAGCCAACCUCACAUUAAAGUUGUUCAUAAUUCCAAGGCUAUCGUUCCUAUUCCAGUCAAAUUGAAUUGUCAUUUGAAGUAAGCAACAAUGCCGAUUUGAGAGUCUUAAAUUUUCAGUAAUGCUCAUUUAAACUAGAUAUUAUUUAAGUGUGUAUUGACGCGGUUUGGAAAUCACGCUAUAAUUUACAGACUAAAGUAAAUAUUCCAGUGGCUAUACGUGGCUGCGGACGCGCAGCGGCCGAACAAAUCGUGAAUCUCUGGACUCGAGGCGUCUGCCUUUAAUAUAGAAUCUCAGUCGAAUAAGCAUAGUUUACGAUAGUGGCGAGGUGUGAGUCGACCAAAGAGUCGUUGCUAGUUGACCAAAUGCGGCGCGCGCCGGCCUGUCAUCACAGGGUAUACCAUACAGAAUUCUAAUAUCACUGAGUUUCAUAUUAAACAUUUUAUCAAACUAAGUGAACUUGAUAUUUAAUCACUCAAAUGUGACGCUUAGGCUCUGUAUCGUUUUUACUCCUGUGCCAAAACUGUACAUAAUACCGGCGCGACGCGACUUUACUUGUAGAAUUAUCGAAUUUAUAGAUAAAGAGAGAAUCCUUGAGGAUUUCCCACGUUUUAUAAUUACUGUAGCACACUAGUGGCCGUUACCAAAUAAUUAGCAUGUUUUAUUGCAGAAAACUUAUAAGACUGUACCAUUCCUAAGGUGUUACAUUCCUAAGUACACAAAUGUUAGUGUUAAUCGCAUAGUUAGGUCGCGACGUAUUCGUUGCAAGUUAUAGCUCCAUGACUUCAUAACAUUCCACGAGAGCCGUUAAAAAAAUCAGUUUUCAUCUGAAAAUAUAAUAAUGUUGUCUUUUUAUGUUAAAUGAAUGAAAUUAUAAAUGAAAUGAAUUGUUUAACAUUACGUCUUAUUUCUAACCGCUCCCAAUGAGAACGUAGCUCCUUAUAACAGCAUCCGUCGCAUCAAUUUCAUCGCAAAUAGUGAAACAAAUUUUACUGUGAGCGUCUAUGUAAACUAUAUUGCUCAAAAUUGAAUUAACUAAUGUUGCCAUAGUUGUUUGUUUCACUAUGUGCGUGGUACUAUAAUGCUGAUGAGUAUCGUCAUCCGACACUGUACGCGCGGCGCUCUGAACGACAACAAUAAUACAGCACAGUUUUGUUCGGUAAGCUCUUACAACGCCUAUUGAAUUCGAGAUAUUUCUCAGAAUUAGCGUCAGGUUACAUUUGUAUCUUAAUUCUAAAAAAUACCUGUAAAUGUUUAUACGAUCGUGCAAUAUUUUGGCAAAUUAAAAACGAAACUGAAUAAUAAGGAAACCUGGUUUUGAACACAACCACAAUCAGGUUAUUAAAUUAUGGAAGUGUCUAGUCUGCCACCAGUGGUCAUUUAAUAAAAAUAAAUAUACUGCCACUUGUGGUUAGAUAAAAAAUUAUAUUAUUCUGCCGCUAUAGGCACAAUAACAAAUAAGGCUAUUUUGCCACAAGUGGCAAGUCAAACCAACAAAAUAUUCUACCGCUAGUUAGAGGCAGCACACCUACCAAAAAUAAACAGCCACCAAAGCUGAGGCAAGCCUUUUGCGGCAAUUGAUAUACUUAUCAAAAAGUAGUAAAUGAUACACGAUUUCUAAGAAAUAUAUUUAUUUUUCAUGUACGAGUACAUAACAACGUUUAUUUAGAUAUUGUUUUUUUUUUUUUCUUAACUCCUACUACUGUUAGAUCAUGUCCUUUGGGUCGACCUCUGCGUUUUCGGACAGCUGGUAAUCUUAUUGUUUGAUUAACAAGAGCAUUACAGGUCUGUGCCUGAUUUAAUGCCUUUAGCAUUAGCUAAAGGCAUUAAAUCAGGCAUAUUUUUGUCAUUUCUAUCUUCAGUUUUUACAUGUUUCUCAGCCUUUUCUAGAUUUUGUUUCUGUUCAACAGGUUUCUCUAUAUGUAGAUUUAUUUCUUUCUCAUCCUGUUUAUUAUGUAUUAUAAGUUGUCUCUCUGCGUAUUCUAUAUUUACUAUCUCUAAAUCUUCUGCAGUAUGGUCGAUUAUAUGUAUGUGCCUUAUUUGUUUUUAUCGUUACAUUUUCAUAGUAUUUUGUGUCUUCCUUUUCUGUUUCUGGUUCAAUAUGUAUUAUUACAUGUGUCUCUAAGUUUAUUUUAUUGCUUUCUUUUUGUUCAUUAUGUAUUAUUACUAUAUUUUUAGCAAAUCCAAUUUGCUCUGUUUCUAAAACCUCUGUAGUGUUAUUGUUAAUUUCUAUGUUACUUGUUCUUUUAAACGUAUUUUCAUCUUUAUUUCUGUCAUCAUUUUCUAUUUCUUCGUCGUUUAUUUCUAAAUGUUGUAUUUUUUUGGUCUCUUCCUUUUGAUUAAGUACUGUUAUUGUUUUAUGGCCUUUAUUAUUUUAACAUAGCUGUUUUGUAUUUUUGCGGUACACAGAAAAAGCACUCUAAGUGCUUUUUCUGGGUUUUAUCGUUAAUUAUAAUUUACAGUAAUACAAACAAUGAAAAAAGUUUAAAACUUCCUCAUCAACUACAAAAACAAAACACGAAAGGGUUAUGUUUUUGUUUUUGUCACAUUGCUAACUUCGGUACGAUACUUUAACAUAAUGAAAUAUAUGCUUUAUAUACAAGUUAUAAGGAACAUAUUCCAAUAACUAAUAACUUGUGGCGGAAUAGCAUUUUAUAUUAUUCUGCCGCAAUAGGAACAACUUCACUACGCUGCCCUAGUGUAUUUUAAAAUUAGACUUUAUUAGUUUGACUAAAGGAACAAAUUUGAAUACCACAAUACUUGUGGCAGAAUUAUAUAAUUUCUUAUUUUACCACUAGCGGCUUAGUAAUUCGAUUUGUUAAAUGGCCGCUGGUGGCGGACUAGACACUUCCUUAAAUUAUUCAAUAUCGUGGUCACAUGGUAACUAAAAUUCUUAUAAGAAGUCACGUAAAGGCUAAUUAUUCUGAGAUAUAAAUCCUGUUUGCUUGAGGGCUCUAUUCAGUUCUUUGUUCACUCUGUCAAUCUAUGACCUCACACGGGGUGACGUCAAAGUGUCACAUAACACAGGCCCCGCCAAAAAUGUGCUUAUAGUUGUUUUUUGUUUACAGAACUUUUAUAUACCUACAAGUUCACACGAGGAUGGAUGUAACGCAUUUUAUGUUUUUGUUUCAUCAAAUAAUAAUUGUUAUUGGUUAAAUAUUUGUUCGUAAAUAUAUUUUUGCAAAUUAGAGUUAGGCUCACACGACGACGUUUGUGAUAGUCGUUAUAUUGUAAUGUCGAUUGUCUUCCUUGCACAUUAGAAUUAAGUACAAUAACAAAAUCAAUUUAAGAUAUAUUUUUGUAGUUAAAUAAAUUUAUCAUGUCCAAAGUACUAAUUUUAAACUAUAAAAAUAUAAUACAUGUAAAAUAUAGUUAUUGAAAGUAUAGUUAUAUAUAUAUUUGUAGUAUGGUAAGCUAUAUAAUCAGCUGAACAAUCAUAUACAAAGCCACAGUGUCGAGCUAGACGUGCAGUCUCGUGUACAUCGCACCUGCAUCAAUAAUCUUGCCAUAAUAAUCCUCUUGCCACAUUCUACGACAAGAAUCUCUAUUGGAACAUGUUACGAAUUAACUUCUGUGAAUUUAGGAAUAGAGGCUUAUAAUAUUAAGUAUUUUGUAUACCGAUCACGGCCAUUCGCUUUAUGAUGGGUCAAUAACGAUAGAUAAUAGUAGGAAUAAGUGUAAGUAAGAGAGAGACAUAGUAAGGAGCUUACGCGGCGCUGCUCGCUCACCGUGUGAUGUCGAUUUAUUAUUUAUGUAAACACGUAACCUACGUUUCUAUGUAAAUAUGAAGAUAAUACUUUUAAUAAACCAAUUUAUUGACCUGUAA